AUGAACAAACUCAACUUUAGGAGCAAUAUCUCUGAUUAUUCGCUUGAACCAGAGGAGAACAAUUCGUCCACAUCGAAUAAAACCAAUAAUAAUGAUAUUACAAAUGAGGAAGAGUCAUCAUCCGAAAAAGCUUUAAAAAUUGAAGAAAACAUUAGAAAGGAGAAGGAGAGAAACGAGCCAUAUCAAAUGUUUUUUUAUUAUCCAAGAUAUUUGCAUCCCGAAGCAGUGUCUCUCAUCGCCCAAAAUUUAUUAAAUCAAUGGGAGGAUGAAGAGGUAUCAAAUGAUGAUAAUUCAAACAAUAACAAUCAGGAAAAUACUACCAGUAGGCCACAAAAAUAA